CUGCUGACGAAAUACUGUUCUUUAUCUUUAUAUUUAUCUACUUACCUUCAUCUAUAUACGCUGUGUAGCCUAUAUUGCCUUUAAUUUAGGAUUCUUGCACUGUUCAACAAUGAGACAUACACUUCUUGUGUUUAUUUUCGCUGGUUUUGUUGCCACACAAGAUGUCACUGGCCAACCUGAUUGUGCUAUCCCAUGUAUAAAGGAUAGUGUUCAACAAGGCGGCUGCAAGCUUCAGGAUACCGCCUGUGCAUGUAGAGAAGACCUUCGACAGACCUUGCUUGCCAUUGCUAUGCCUUGUUUAAGGAGCAAAUGCAAUGAAGGUGAAAUUAGCCAGUUUCAAUCUGCUGCUCAAACACUAUGUAAUAAAGUGAAUGGAUAAAGAUCAGAUGUGUAUAUCAGGGUUGUUGACGAUUCAAACAGAUCAGCUAUUCCAUAGUUUCUGAAGCUACUACUAGACUUUCGUUACCGCUCUAACUCUACAAGUGUCAAUGCAAGCUUUGGAUUACUAUUGGCUAUAUUGCUGGCUGAGGUUUUUUGGAAUUUCUAACAAUAUUAAGACGAAAGGUACUGAAAUACUUAAGUUUAACAGACUCUCUAUAUAAUAUAAGCCUCUUAGUUAUCACAUUUAUUAUAUUGUGAUAUUGACUACUUAUUGAAAAGUUAAAUCUCGUUAUUUUAUAGUUAGAUGACGACCUUGCGGAGUGCCAAUUCAUUUGGUCCAAGCCACUGUCUCAAGCUGCUGGUAGCUGUUCCGGGUUAUGCGCUUGGUCUGUGAGUACCGGGGCAACGGCAUUGGCCCAAAAAAACGCCACAAUCUUGCGGCAGAGCUUCAUAAAGUUCGCUCACCCAAGUGAGCGUUAUGUACAACUUUUGUUAGCGAGGAGUUUUGCGGGCCUUGUAAGAGACGAAUGGUGAGUUCGCGUGGCUGUGAAAUGAAUUGUUUUGCACUUCAACUAUACUUAAAAUAUUAGCGUGCUCGAUGAUAGAGUACUAGGCCUCACGACGAGAAACGGGGUGAUCAGCGCGAGCAAUUUAUGGCGCCUGACCGCUGUCUUACAGGGGCAGAGGACGCGGCAGUUGUCAUGAUAGCCACCGUCGGCGUGUUUGCGAUGCCAGGGUUCUGACCGACCCCGGCCAGGAGAGAGAAAUGAGAAAACAGGCGACAACGCCCCCUAAUAAGAGUUAGAUACUAUAGGUCAAGCCGACACAGAGGAUACUACAUAGAUCGGGGUUGUAUUUCGAUAUAGCCUAGCCCUUCCCCCAACCCCCCUUUCUACAUUAACUUGAUUUGUAUACUCGCAACUUUAUCACCAAUCAAACGUAGAUUGUCAUGGGCGCAUCUGCAUUUCAAAUAGAGGCAUGGGUCGAAUAUGCUAUUGGGGUAGUUAUUUUACUCACUCGUAUUGUCUUGAGGUGCUGGGCACGGGACACAGACUGGCAGGGCGAUGACUAUUUCUCCAUCCUCUGCAUUGUGUUUUUAACAGGUGAAUCUGUUAUGCUAGAGCUAAUAGGGCGAUGGGGCUCUAUAGUAGGCAUCAGCGAUGAAGUUGCACUAUCACUCACGCCAGACCAGAAGGAAAACAUUGUUAAAGGCUCCAAAGCUGACAUUGCGGGAUGGUGUCUUUAUAUCUCUCUAAUCUGGUGCUUGAAGGCCUGCAUGCUAUUUUUCUAUCAGCGCCUAACACUAGACACACGUCAGCGACGCCUCAUCAUUGUUGCAGGAGUAGCUUGCAUUUGCUCGUAUCUUGCUACAAUAUUUGUUGUCUUAUUACGCUGCUUGCCUUUCGAGAAGAAUUGGCAAGUAUAUCCUUAUCCUGGAGAUGAGUGUGCCACGCCCGGUCAAAUAUUUUUGACCUUGGUCAUCACGAAUGUUUCGACUGAUCUGUUGAUCCUCUAUAUACCACUCCCAUUGCUUUGGGUUCUACAAGCUCCUCUCAGCAAGAAAAUUGCGUAUGGUAUCUGGCUAACCACGGGUAUCUUCGUUAUUGUCGCAUCGUUAUUACGCUGCAUUUUAUCGAUCAAAGAUGCAAAUGAAGUGAACGUGUCCACAAUCUGGGCUAUCCGUGAAACAGUUGUUGGAGUUAUUUCAGUCAAUUUGCCCAUUUUAGGUCCACUCUUAAUUCGGAAAUGCAAAUGUUUGGCAGCGACACUAUCAGCCAACAGUGUCAGCAAAGAUGAUCAAAAUUCUGGGCAGCCGUCUCUCAUCACGUUUGGCCGUGCAGGAGAGGGUAUCCGAUUGGAGCGACUCAAGAAACUAGGCAAAUAUCCACUUACAUCAGCUGGGUGGACAACAGUUUAUAGUUCAAGCCAGGAGCACAUGGUUGGUUAGUCACAUGCACCAACCUAUGCCCCGUCGACAGCACAUUCAACGAAGGUAUCGUUGACAGCCCGCUCCGAGGUUUAUCAAAUGCACGCGUCGACAAAGGCGGUAUAAACUACGAUCACUCGAUAACGGCUAUGGCGCACUGAAGAAGACGAGUGGUUUAUUAUGAGCAGUUGUUUCAUUCUAUCCACUACAACAAUAUUAUAACAUAUAUCCUGCUAGCAUCCAGGGGGUGGUGGAAGGCGACCAAAUUUCUUCUCUAUAGUCAACCCAAGGCCAAGAAGUGUCAUAUCGCUCCCCAGCGGCCCGUCGAUUUCAAUACCGACAGGCAGUCUAUCACUAGUCAAACCAGCUGGGAUAGAUAGGCCCGGGAUACCUGCAUCACUUCCAGGCGAGGUUAGUCGAAUGUACGUCGCAAAUGCAUCGACAGGUGGCCCGCCAUUGAUUGAUACAUUGCCUGAUCCAUGAAUCAGAUCGAUGGGCCUGGCAGGAAGCACAGUUGUUGGGAAGAGAACAGCAGAUAGGUUGUUGCUAGUGAAAUAUUGUUGAUACAUGUGCUGGAGCGCAGGGCGGUGAAUAUUGAUCGCAUCGUUGUACUGAGAGCCGAAUGCAUCAGAUGAGAUAGCCUCGAAAAGUUUUGCAACAUCCGGACUUGCAACUUUAGCAGCAAUAUCUGCCAAUGUUAUAUUUGUAUACCCGUUAGCCUUGAGAUAGGCCGGAAUAUCAGCAAUCGGCUCGUGGAGAGCAAGUGGAAGGCUUAUUUUAUCGUCAAGAGCCAACAGAUCAGGCAAAUCAGCGUCGACCAAGACCGCACCUGCAGCUUGUAGGCUAGCUUUUGCAGCUGUGACUACAGCUUGUAGUUGGUUAUCCAAGUCAUUCCAUAAUGAGGGCGGUAGACCAAAUCGAACACCAGACACAUCAAUUGGAUUCGCACGUGGCCCGCCAGUAAUAAUAGAAUCUAGCAGUGUCACAUCGGCCAUACAACGGCCUAGGGUGCCAACAGUGUCUCUAGUGUGGCUGAUAGGCACAACAGCGCCUUCAUCGUGAUAACGACGUUCCCGUCCGCCAUUGCCAACGGAGGGGCGGAAGCCUACAGUGCCUGUCAGAGCGGCGGGAAUGCGGGUGGAACCGCCAGUGUCAGUGCCCAGGCCGCAAGUCACGAUUCGCGAUGCAACUGCCGCAGCUGUGCCGCCCGACGAUCCUCCUGGGAUCAUGCUGUCGUUGUAAGGAUUGUGGACGGCGCCAGCAAAUGGUGAGAAGUUCGUGCUUGUGAUACCGAGCGCGAGCUCGUGCAUGUUUGCUUUGCCAAUUACGAUGGCCCCGGCAGCAAUGAGCUUGCGCAAACUUGGCGCAGUCGUGUCAGGUCGACUGCAAUUUAAAGCCGGUGUGCCUGCUGUUGUAAGAUGGCCAGCUAGAUUGAUGUUGUCUUUGGCGACAAUGGCGAGGCCUGCUAGAGGGCCGAGUGGUAGUCCAUGAGCGAUUUUUUGGUCGAUUGCAUCGGCAGCGGUGAGCGCAUCAUCUGCCAGAAGAUUGAUAAUAGAGUUUAGAGGCGCGACUUUGUUCGCUUGACUAAGCACACUAGUUAUAUAUUUGCGUGCUGUUAUAUGCCUGUGGCGGAUAGCGUAGAUGGUCUCAUCGGCAGACCAAUCGAGGAAAGUGUAACCAGUCAUGAUAGGUAAUAGCCGUUCCUGAGGGCAUGUAGCACCGAGGUAGUAUGGGACGUUUAUUAGGAGGAAAGAAAGCUAAGACAAUCAUUAAUUUAUUUAUAUAGAGACCCUG